CCACACCCUCCAAUUCCCAUCUGCGCAGUACCACAAGCAGCCCCCCUCCACGCAUCACCACCGGGCCAUUGAAGAAGCAUAACGAGAGAGAGCCCAGUCAUGUCCGCCCUCCGAAUCCUCGUCCCCGUGAAGCGGGUCAUUGACUAUGCUGUCAAGCCCCGAGUCAACAAGGCCCAGACGGGCGUCGAGACGGCCGGCGUCAAACACUCCAUGAACCCCUUUGACGAGCUCUCGGUCGAGGAGUCGGUCCGCAUCCGCGAGAAGAAGCGGGCGCCUGGCGGCGUCGAGGACAUCACCGUCAUCUCGGCGGGACCCCCCAAGGCCGUCGACGUGCUGCGCACCGCCAUGGCCAUGGGCGCCGACCGCGCGAUCCACGUCGAGACCAAGGAGGGCGACGACCUGGAGCCCUUGAGCGUUGCCAAGCUGCUGCGCAAGGCUGCCGAGGAGCACAAGUCCAACCUCGUCAUCCUCGGCAAGCAGAGCAUCGACGACGACGCGAACCAGACGGGCCAGAUGCUCGCUGGAUUGCUUGGGUGGCCGCAGGCUACGUCGGCGAGUGUGGUGGAGUUUGGCGAGGGGGACAGCGUGAGCGUCACGCGCGAGGUCGAUGGUGGCGUGGAGACGGUCAAGGCGAAAUUGCCGAUGGUGAUUACGACGGAUCUGCGACUCAACGAGCCGCGGUAUGCGAGCUUGCCGAAUAUUAUGAAGGCGAAGAAGAAGCCGCUUGAGAAGAAGAAGCUGGCCGACUACGGGAUUGGUGUUGAGAAGAGGUUGAAGGUUUUGAAGGUUACUGAGCCCCCUCAACGCCAGGGUGGCGGCAAGGUCGAGGACGUUGACGGUCUCGUUGCGAAGCUCAAGGAGCUCGGCGCCUUGUAAGGGGCGUGUCAUGGCUUGUACCAAUACGAAGAGACCCUUUUUUGCAAUAGAAACGAUUUAAACGCAGGCUCCUCGGAUGUUCGGAUAUUAUCGCGGACGCAGUGUUCGGAAUACGAAUGCACUUUCGAGCCAUUAAUGAUAUCUCACGG